UUUCCUUCCCCUCUCUCUGUCUCUGUCUCUGUCUCUCUCCUCCACCCCCCCAUCCGCUCAAUCAAUUCUAUCCUCUACAAGAUGCUCCCUCUAACCAGAAACUCGGUGCUCCGCGCCGCCCGCGCGCAGAUCCUCCCUUCCACGCGCACCAGCGCCGCCCUCUCCUCCGCCGCUCUUGCCCGCCUGCUCUCCACCCUCGCCGUGCUCGAACAGCGCGACGGCAAGAUCCAGCCCUCCUCCCUGUCCGCCAUUGCCGCGGCCCAGAAGCUCGGGGGCCCCAUCACUGCCUUCGUGGCCGGCGCCAAUGUGAAGGCGACCUCCGCGGCCGAAGCGGCCCAGAUCAAGGGUCUGGACAAGGUCGUUGCGGUGGAGAACGAGGCCUACGAGAAGGGCCUUCCCGAGAACUACGCCCCUCUGCUCGUCGAGAACAUCCAGAAAGGCGAAUACACGCACGUGGUCGCCGGCCACUCGGCCUUCGGCAAGAGUCUCCUGCCCCGCGUGGCGGCUCUGUUGGAUGUGCAGCAGGUGUCCGAUAUCACUGGCAUUGAGAGCGAGGAUACCUUCGUCCGCCCCAUCUACGCCGGCAACGCCAUCCUAACCGUGCAAUCCAGCGACCCGAUCAAGAUCCUCACCGUGCGCGGCACCUCCUUCCAGGGCGUGGAGACGAGCGGCGGCGGCGCCGCCAUCGAGGACGGCAGCGACCCCAAGGCCGCCCAGCAGACGGAGUGGGUGUCGGAGGAGCUGGCCAAGUCGGAGCGGCCGGACCUGGCGACGGCGCAGCGCGUCGUCUCCGGCGGGCGCGGCCUGAAGUCCAAGGAGGAGUUCGACCGCGUCAUCGUGCCGCUGGCCGACACCCUGGGGGCGGCCAUCGGCGCCUCGCGCGCCGCCGUCGACAGCGGCUUCGCCGACAACAGCCUGCAGGUCGGCCAGACGGGCAAGAACGUCGCCCCGCAGCUGUACCUGUGCGCGGGCAUCUCGGGCGCCAUCCAGCACUUGGCCGGUAUGAAGGACAGCAAGGUCAUCGCCGCCAUCAACAAGGAUGCCGACGCGCCCAUCUUCCAGGUCGCCGAUGUCGGGUUAGUCGGGGAUUUGUUUGAGAAGGUGCCGGAGUUGACGGAGAAGUUGAAGAGUCAGGCUUAGUUUUUUUUGUGUCGGGUUGGUUUCGUUUUUAUUGCAUGGUGUCUGUCUGUCUUGUUGUGAUGGCUUGAAUAUUUACUCUGUUGUUUAUCCCCCCACCCUUGAAAAUAUUCGGGGUUGGCAUUUGUUUUUUCUUUAUUGGUUUUUCUGAUGAUAAGUUUUAGAUGACAUGGAUUGUGAUCGCGGGCAAGUGGAGGAAGUAUAUACCAAUCGGAGCAGCAUACUUUCAUCUAACAUUACGGCAUA